AUUGCCGGAGCAAGUGCAGCCGCUACUGUCACAUCCUGGUCUUUAACUCUGUCACAGGGCACAGGGCGACCUCUGAGCGAGCAGUAAGAGGCGACCUACUCCACCUCCCCAGUCUCUCUGACACUCACGAGGUUGGCAGCAGCAGGUAGGAAGACCAGCGGCCGGCCUCGGGUCCACAGAGAUUGCCAAGGCCACCGGCAGUGCGGGGGGCGGGGGAGUCUGCAUCUUCAAACUCUCCUUGGAGCAGCCUUGCCUAAGACCUGGGAGACAAGGCCACCCAACUCCAAUUCCGUGGCUGACGUGAGUCUAGUGAGUCUAGCAAGAGUGAGCUCGCAGGGAGCAGAGGGCAGGCUGCAGACGGCUGCGGGUGGUCCCCUUAAAUGAAUUGGACCAAUUGGGUCUAUCAGUCGCCUCACCCGUGAGGCCUUGUUUUCUCGUCGCCCUUGGAAAGAGAUCUCGGCAUCCUGGAUCCUUCUGUGGGUUCUCGAGGCAGCUCCACAGCGCAGCAGCGCGCGUACAGCUGCCUCAAGGAGUUGGGCAAGAUGGUAUUUGGAGUUCAGGACAUUGCAUUGUUAGAACAUGGUUGCAAGGCCUUGGAGGUAGACAGUUACAAGUCCUUGAUGAUCCUGGGGAUCCCGGAGGACUGUAGCCACCAAGAAUUUGAAGACAUCAUACGGGUCCCUCUCAAACCGCUGGGCAAGUUUGAAGUGGCUGGGAAGGCCUUUCUGGAGGAGGACAGAUCCAGGGCAGCUAUCAUUAAACUGACAGAAGACCUCAAUUACGAUGUGGUCCCCAGGGAGAUCAAAGGCAAGGGUGGUAUGUGGAGAGUGGUCUACAUGCCCAAAUGGCAGGACAUCGAAUUCCUCACCAAACUCAAUUUGUUCCUGCGGAGAGAGGGCAGGACUGUAGAGGAUGUGGCCCGAAUCCUCAGGCAGGAGCUGUGUCCCACCACACUAGGUCUCGGAGAGCUACCUCCCAGGAAGUGCUGCCUGUCUCCACAAGGGGAGAAAGCAGACAAGGGGGCCAUCCUCAAGGAGGUCAGUGUGAUCUCUCUGGAGGACCCAGAGAAGGAAGGCAAGCCUGAAGAAGGAAAGAAGGGCAAGAAGAAAAACAAGAAAACUCGGCGCCGACAGCAGGCUUCUGAUAGGAAGCUGUAAGUUAAGUUGGAUGAGUGUGUAUUGGGGGGGAGGGGUGUGCUAAGGGAGGGUGGGAGUGACCUGAGUGGGUUGGGGUGACUGUGGAUAGGAGGUGGUGGACCAGUGGGUGGGUGGUUUUUGAGCCGGAAAGAUUAUCGCUUGAGUGUGGUACAUGUGAGGAAAGCCUGUUUGUUUUGCUCAGUCCCGAGGACUGAGCUAGGGCCUUGAGCAUGCUACACAAGUGCUCGAUCGCUGAACCAUGAACCCGGACCCUCACUAGGAGAUUCUAGGCAAUGAGCUGUAUCCGCAAUCUAAGCCUAGUACUUCCCAACUUGUAGGCUGGUUUAGUAGGUGUAGCCCCAUCUGCUUGAGUGGUUUUCUGUUCACUUCCUAUUUGUCUAUUUCACAUCCAUUAUAUUCCAGAAUGGUACUUGGAUCUUGGAAUAAAAAGAGAGAAAACGUUGACAAAAAUCCCUGUCUGUGACACUUAUGAUAUCAUCUAAGAUAACAUCUAAGUGUUUUCAUUUAAGCAAAUUUAGAUAAAGUUGAGGGAUUGUAUGUGAUUGAGUGCUGACACUUUAUUCAUUCAGACAACGAAAAUCUCCUGAGCAUCAAUAAUGUGCCAGGUACGGGACGUACCGUCAAUGAUUCUUAGCCUUGCCCUCGUGGCUCUAAUUCUGUAUCUGAGGAAUUGUGGGGUAAUGUUUGAGACUGUGCAAGGAACAUGGAAGUGUGUGUGUGUGUGUGUGUGUGUGUGUGUGUGUGUGUGUAGUAUUGCUUGAGCGAAGGAGAGAAACUUCUGACUGAGAAGGGUCCCAGUGACUUGUAGAAAACUUCUAGCAACUUUGAGGCCAGCAGGACCAGCCCCACAAUGGGAGCCAAAUCCAAGACAGUGCUUGUGACUGUUGCUAUAGAGACAUGUGCCUGCUAGCCAUUGCCUGCACAGAAGAUCCCCAAUGGCAAGCUUUUGAAAGUGUUUGGCCAGACUUGCCGAAACUGGAACUGACCCUGGAAGGACUUGUCAUGAAGAAAAUGUCUUUCUGGGAACGGGUCACCAUUCUUCCGGCACGAUCACCAGAGACUGCAAGUUGAAGACAGUUCAUAAACCAUGGUGGACACAAGGUGCUCACCAUCUCCACUGAGGACCUUGCUGAUCUGUAUGUGUCCCUAAAUGGUGGUGAUUAUUUAGUACAUGGUGACUCUCCUUUACUGAAAGGAGAGUCAGGAUGACACCCUUGGUGCCUUGGGUAAGCAUGUAGGUCUCCCCUAAUUAAAUCCUAGGAAUCAUGACUUGUAGGGGAAAGGCACACUCUUUUCUAA